UCAGAUACACCAGAGACACAAGUCUUGAAGCUCCAUCCUGGGGAAAUAUGGCAAACAGUGCCUCUCCCGAACAGAAUCAAAAUCACUGUUUAGCCAUCAAUGACAGCAUCCCACUGAUGCAGGGCAACCUCCCCACUCUCACCUUGUCUGGAAAGAUCCGAGUGACAGUUACUUUCUUCCUUUUUCUACUCUCUACAAACUUUAAUGCUUCUUUCUUGUUGAAACUUCAGAAGUGGACACAGAAGAAAGAGAAAGGGAAAAAACUCUCAAGAAUGAAGCUGCUCUUAAAACAUCUGACCUUAGCCAACCUGUUGGAGACUCUGAUUGUCAUGCCACUGGAUGGAAUGUGGAACAUUACAGUCCAAUGGUAUGCUGGAGAGUUCUUCUGCAAAGUCCUCAGUUAUCUAAAGCUUUUCUCCAUGUAUGCCCCAGCCUUCAUAAUGGUGGUGAUUAGCCUGGACCGCUUCCUGGCUAUCACAAGACCCCUAGCUUUGAAAAGCAACAGAAAGCUUGGACAGUCCAUGGUUGGCCUGGCCUGGAUCCUCAGUAGUGUAUUUGCAGGACCACAGUUAUACAUCUUCAGGAUGAUUCAUCUAACAGACAGCUCUGGACAAACAAAAGUUUUCUCUCAAUGUGUAACACACUGCAGUUUUCCACAAUGGUGGCAUCAAGCAUUUUAUAACUUUUUCACCUUCAGCUGCCUCUUCAUUAUCCCUCUUCUCAUCAUGCUGAUCUGCAAUGCAAAAAUCAUCUUCACCCUAACACGGGUCCUUCAUCAGGACCCCCACAAACUACAACUGAAUCAGUCCAAGAACAAUAUACCAAGAGCACGGCUGAGGACUCUAAAAAUGACGGUUGCAUUUGCCACUUCAUUUACUGUCUGCUGGACUCCCUACUAUGUCCUAGGAAUUUGGUAUUGGUUUGAUCCUGAAAUGUUAAACAGGGUGUCAGAUCCAGUAAAUCAUUUCUUCUUUCUCUUUGCUUUCCUAAACCCAUGCUUUGAUCCACUUAUCUAUGGAUAUUUUUCUCUGUGAUUGACAGACUACACAAGAAGUCAUAUGAGGAAGGGCAAAGUAAUGAAUAUCUUCAUCUGGGAAUGAUUAACACAAAUGUUCCAACGUGUUUACAUACAAAUAAAGCAGGAUUUACACUUAAGUUAUCAUUCUUAUUCUUUUAGAAACUCCAUUUUCAGAGCCUCAAUUAUUAAGGAAAAAACUUCAGGAAAAAUACUAAAAUAUUUUCUCUUCAUCAUAAGCUUCUAAAUUAAUCUCUGCCUCUUCUGACCUCAUAUAAUACAUUAUGUAGGUUUCUUACCACUUUCUCUUUGCAUAACAGUGUACAAAUAUUUAAAACACAUGCAGUCUAAGUAAUGCACAAGGAUGCCAAAAAACAAAGGUGAGAAACCACAACACAGUUCUAAACUCAGCAUGUUUUGGUGAGUUUUUCUCCAAAAGAGGCAUAUUAGCAAUUAGAGUCUUAUGCUAUGUAAUACAUAGAGCACAGAGUCCCUUGCCCAUGAGGUCAAUUUUCCCUUCUGUUAAAAAAAAAAAAAAAAAAAGGAUCUAUUUUCCUCUUUGGCUUCAAAAGCAUUCUGACAUUUGGAGGAGUCAGUAACCAACCCCACCAACCACUCCAGCAACCUGACAAGACUAUGAGUAGUUCUCCUUCAUCCCAUUUAUGUGGAACAGGUUUUGAGGUGCCUCUAUAUAAACAGAUAUUUUAGAGGGGUUAGGAUUUGGACAGGGAUUUGGAACAUUCCUCUAGGCUGUAGAGUCUAUGGAGUUUCUGGUAACUAACUACCACAAAAUAACAAUGUUUUCAAAUGCCAUUAAGAAAAUACCCAUAUUGAGUAUGCUUUAUGUAUAUAAUAUGCCCUCUAUUUUAAUAAUGUGAAGAAUUUUUUGUCUAUCUCCUGAUCUUACUAAAUCCAUAAUUCAUAAAUAACAGAAAAAUUAAAACAAAAUUAAGCAAAUGCACAAACAAAAAGACGCUUGAUACAAAAAAGGAACUCUGGAGAGAAAACUACAGUUUCAGUCUGUACAGGUCAAAGAAGACAGAGUGUGUUGGGGAAGGAGGGAAGGAUCUUGAUGUAGCGUUUCUUAAUCUACAGCCUAAGCACAACACUAUAUUUCCAUGUAGGUUUUUAAUUUUAGUUCUAUUCAUAUCAUUUUAUGCAUUUAAAAAACACAAUCUUGAGAUGAUAGACUAGACUGCCACAGCAGCCCAUGGCACAACUAACACCUACUGAUAUUCACUUUAAAUUGUAUGAUUUCGAAAAUAUGUCUGCACAACACCACCUUUUUAUUUAAUUCAGGUUUGUGUCUACCUCUUCCAUGAAAAUAGGGAAGGGAUGAAAACAAUGGGAGUAUAAUAUCCAUUUAAUGUGAAAAACAUGAUGAGGGUCUUAAAAGAAAUUAAAACAUUUAACAUUUUUUAAAUAGGUAAGAUACCAUUAUAUUAACAUGAGCUAUGUAAUGCCACACAAAAGAUGAAAUGUAAUCUCUAAAUACUCUAAAUAGGUGUGUGGUAUUAUGGAAAGUAAAUUGCCAGCUAAUGGUAAGUGCUUUCUUUCUUUGAUUUGCUCCUCUUAUGCUUCAGGUUUAUAGUGUUGUGUUACUGGUUUUUUUCAUAUCCUACCUUAUUUUCCAAUUCUGUCUCACUUGAACUGCCUCUGUGUACUCACCCUUUCAUUCAUAGCUUCUUUAUUACUAAACUCAUAUCUUUAAUUGGUUAAUUCAUGGCCCAGUUCUAUAGUUGAAUUGGGCAAGGCUAAAAAUCUGUAGUGUGUUAAACUGCUCAAAAUUGGCUUGUACUCAUUCCAAGAUUUUAUAGUUCUCAUAGACAACACAGGGAUGUAAAUAAGUUAAAACAAAAUCAAUGUUUUCUAAGUCUCUAUGAUAUACUUAUUUCUAAACUGAUAAUUCUUCUGGAUUUAAAGGCAAAAAUAACACACUUGUACACAUACAAUCUAAGGGCUUUAUUACAUAUGUUUAAGGAAUGUAUCUCAGCUUGGUUCUCCUUGUGGGCUCAUUAUGGAUCUCUCUGAGGUAUUUCCUUGAGCAUUUUUUUUGACACAUUAAAUAAAGGGCUAUUCAAAAUCUUGACUCAGGGGUUCUUAACCUACAGUCCAUGCAAAAAAAAAAAAAAAAAACUAUAUUUCAAUGUAUUUUUAAAUUUUAGUCUUAUAUAUUAUUUUAUGCAUUUAAAAACACAAUCCUGAGAGAGAUAGACCAGACUGCGACAGCAGCUCAUAGCACAAAAAAAGGUUAAGAAUUCCUAUUUGACUUUGAGUAUUUAUAAGGGAGUCUAUUACAAUAAAAAUAUAACAGAAUGUAUUAAUCUGUUUAUAUGCAAACAUAAAAAUGUUAAUAUUGAAACAAGAUUGCUUCAAUAUGCUUAAUUAUUGUUUUCAAACUAACAAACUCUCCUAAGGCUCAAUAUGUGAUAAAAAACAGAAAUAAUUCAAUAUUCAUAUUAUGGUCCAUAAAUUAUAAUGUACAAUGUAUAAAUUAUAAUGUAAUAUAUAAACUAAAAUGUAUAGCUCCAAAGAUAAAUAUGGCUUUUAAAGAUAUUCCACUCAACAGAUAUUUCAUAAUUGAUAUUAUAAUUAUUUAUUUUAUGUCCUAUUAUAAUAAAUGGUAAGGAUUCCUUGUAAAAAAGGAAAUGUUCUACAGAGUGAAUCUAAUAUAUCAGAUAGUUGAGAUUCUAUCUUGGUUUCUCUUCCUUUACCUAGCCUAUAAAACUAGUUAAAAAUUGAAUUGCUUUUAGCAAUUCAGUUUAGUAAAGAAGUGACAUUAACUAAUGACAAUAAAUUGAACAAAGUCUACAUUAGUUCAAGUUAAGCCUAUUCAACAGAAAUAUAGUAGCUAAAAAAAUAUUUUGGGAGAGGUACCACAAACAUUCUCCACCAGAGAACAUAGCAUAAAUGAGUUAGAAAUUUCCUGAAAGAGACCUUGUCUUCGAACUUAGGUGGUAGUCAUAAAGAGAUAAUAUUUUUAGAUAGUUAAAAUACUUCUAGAAUUCCAUCUAUUUUACCGUGGUGUACUUUCCUACAUUGAACCGAUGCUUUGGGCUUCUUUAAUUACUACACAUUGUGCUCAUAUGAAUAAAAAAAUAUUUUAAAAGAAAAAAAAUCAGAUUCAAUCUGAUCUUGCUUAUCAUGUUUUAAGAGUAUUAAGAAUCAAGUUUAAAAUAAUUAGUCUAGUUUUAAAAGUUAUGCAACAUAUAAAAUGUAUGCAUAGCAGCAAUAGAUAAAUAUAUACAAAAAGUGUUAAUAUAGUUACCUGCGUGAUUUCUUAAAAAUUUUCUUCCCUGUGAAUUCCUGUAAUUCCAAAUUCCCAAAUGAACUCAUAUUGUGUGUGUGUUAAGAAAAAACACAAUAAAUGUUACAUGUGUGU